AUGUCCGCAGCACGCAGCAGCUGCGGAGGAUCUGGAUAUGGGGGUGAUGAGCUGGAGGAGUCUGGACUGGCUGUGGACUGCAAGUUGACUACGUGCCUAGGACACACGACAUCAGGUAAAACUAUGCGCACGACCAAACGCAACUCGAAGCAGGCAUGCCGACAGAUUUAUAUUUGUAAAACCAUUUGUUUUAAGGAUUUGUACAAAUUUGUUGUGCUAAUAUACAGAGUAAAAUUCUUGCCUCAUUGGAGGAAUGUGUUACAGGAACCAAAGGGAUACCCAUAUCAGAAGGUACUGGCUCAGCCAGAAGAUCGGGACUCACGGCGGCCACGCUGCUGGUUCGGUGGUGUGGCAUCCACCUCAGUGGCUUGCGUAGUGGCGCCUUUCGAUUUGGUCAAGACCCAUAUGCAAACCCAAAAUCGAAAGAAGGGUAUGAUAGCUACAGCACGAAAGGUGGUCCAAUUAAGAGGAUUAAUUGGAUUCUAUGAUGGCUUUUCCGCGGCAGCGAUGCGACAAAUGUGCGUAACAAGUCUGCGAUUUUCAUUGUAUGAGGUGGGCAAGGAUUUGGAGCUAAUGCAAAAUGGACUAAUGGUUAAAGUCUUUCUGGCCAGUGUUGCUGGAAUACUUGGAUCAGUUGUUGCUAUACCAUUGGAUGUAAUUAAUAUUCGCAUGCAGACCGACAUGAAGAAUGCUGAUCACGAGGGACGCAAAUAUAGAUGUUUGUCGGAUGCUUUAAUACGUAUUCCCAGGGAAGAAGGCUGGAGGGCAUUAUACAAUGGCGGAUAUGCCGCCGUGCUUAAAGCAGCCAUUGGAACAAUUGGUCAAAUUGCUGUUUAUGAUCAGGUCAAAUCUGAACUUCUCAGUCGCUCCAGUUUGAAUGAUGAUGUUAAAUUGCAUUUUACGAGCUCUGUUAUCUCCGCAAUUAUUGAUUCAAUCAUCACUCAGCCCUUUGAUGUACUCAAAACAUUAAUGAUGAAUGCACGGCCUGGACAAUUUCCGAGCAUGUUGAGUGCCGUUAAGUUUAUGAUGCGCUUUGGAUUUUUGGGUCCCUAUCGGGGUUUGGCUCCUACCCUUGUACGAAAGGUCCCAGCAACGAUUAUGAUGUACAUAAUCUACGAGCAGUUGCGAUUGAAACUCGGAAUUUUGGACAUUAACGAGUGAAUAAAUUUUUAGUUUGUUUAUAUAGUCAAUGAUA